UUGAUUUAUUUCAUCUAAGAUUUUAAUAUUAGGAAAGACUUCAACUUUAAAAGAGCCUGACAAAAACAAAAAGUGGGCAAAACCAUUGGAUUCAGUGACCCUUUUGUUCCUUAUACUGUUUUUGUUUUUACAUGUGAAUAAUGGUAUAUCCCAUAAGGUGAUGUUUGCUGUUCUUGAUUAUUUUUUUUGGGGGGGUUUUCAAAAUUUCAUUUGUCACCAAACAAGAUUCUCUAAUUUUCAGUAUUUGGGGUUUCAUCAAAAGUGAAGUUGAGUUCUAUAUUUGUUGAAAGAUUUGUUCUUUUUUGUCUGAUUUUGAAUUCUUGAUAUGCUUUAUAGUUCUGUAAAUCCACUGAAAAGAUUGUCCUUUGAUUCACUGGAGAGCUCCAAGACUCAUAAUAUAGAAGGCUCUCUAAAUUUGCUUCAAUCUUUUUGUAGAUUCCACCAAGGAACUAAUGCCAUUAUAGAUUUUUAGCAAGAAAUGUGGGAAAAGUAAUAUAUUUUUAGGUAUCUUUAGUACCUUAAUUCCCCAAUUUGAACUUGAUAAUGAUGAAAAGUUUCAGCCUUUGUAGUUCUUGAAAGUGGAAAAAGUUGGUAUUUUCUAAAGUUAACUGAUAUACAAGAAACUAAAUCAUUUGAGAUUCAGGGGCUUGAAUUAUUUAUGAUCAUGGAGAAACAGGUUAGUUUCCAGGGCACAACAAUGGAAAAACAACAAAGUUUUCGAAACGGGGCGAUGGAGAAGCAGAAGAGCUUUAGUAGGAUAUUGGAAAAACAAAAAAGUUUUCGGAUAGCAAUGGAGAGGCAAACGAGCUUUGGUGGGGAGAGGAAAAGGGGUAAGGAUUCACCGGGGAAACGAGGGGAUUUGCCUCUCCACCUUGCAGCUAGAUCAGGGAAUUUAGGAAAAGUGAAAGAAAUUGUGCAGAAGCUUGAUGAAAAAGGCAUAAAAGAUUUGUUAUGUCAGCAAAAUCAAGAGGGUGAGACUGCUUUGUAUGUUGCUGCUGAGAAUGGUCAUAGUUUGGUUGUUGCAGAGUUCUUGAAACAUUUACACCUUGAAAUUGCUUCUAUUGUGGCAAAUAAUGGCUAUGAUACACUCCAUGUUGCAGCAAGGCAGGGUCAUCUUGAUGUACUUAUGGAGCUGCUGCGUUCCUUUCCGAACCUAGUUAUGACCACAGAUUCAUCCAAUUCUACAGCGUUACAUACAGCAGCUGCACAGGGGCAUAUUCAUGUAGUAAAUAUGCUUCUGGAGAUUGAUUUUAACCUUGCUAAGAUAGCUCGGAACAACGGAAAAACCGUGCUCCAUACCGCAGCAAGAAUGGGCCACUUGGAGAUAGUUAGAUCCCUUCUAAACAAAGAUCCUGAGAUUGGCUUUAGAACAGAUAAUAAAGGCCAGACUGCCCUACACAUGGCUGCAAAGGGACAGAAUAUUGACAUCGUGCUCGAAUUAAUCAAACCAAGUCCUGCUAUAUUGGCCUUGGAAGAUAACAAAGGAAAUAGAGCACUCCAUAUUGCAACAAGAAAGGGACGGAUACAGAUGGUCCAAUGUCUUAUAUCAAUUGAGGGAAUCGACCUUAACGCUGUUAAUAAGGCUGGAGAAACAGCUCUUGAUAUUGCAGAAAAGUUUGGAACUCCAGAGCUUGUUUCUAUUUUGAAAGAGGCCGGAGCUAGUCAUUCCAAAGAUCAUGGGAAGCCCCCUGGUGCUGCAAAACAACUCAAACAAAGUGUAAGUGACAUAAAACAUGAUGUUCACUCUCAGCUCCAACAGAGUCGACAAACUGGGUUCAAAGUAAGAAAAAUUGCAAUGAAGGUUAAGAAGCUACACAUUAGUGGUCUUAAUAAUGCCAUCAACAAUGCAACGGUCGUUGCUGUCCUUAUUGCUACUGUUGCUUUUGCUGCCAUCUUUACUGUUCCUGGCCAAUAUGUUGAAGAUAAAACAGACGGAUUUUCGAUUGGCGAAGCACACGUAGGGAGAAAAGCAGCUUUUAUAAUCUUCUUCUUGUUCGACAGUAUGGCCUUGUUUAUUUCAGUUGCUGUUGUUGUGGUCCAGACAUCUAUCGUUGUGAUUGAACAUAAAGCAAAGAAGCGACUCAUGUUUUGGAUAAACAAGCUCAUGUGGGCAGCUUGCCUUUUCAUCUCAAUCGCCUUUAUCUCUCUUAGUUAUGUGGUGGUUGGAUCUAAGGAAAUAUGGCUUGCUGUCUAUGCAACUGUUAUAGGUUGCAUAAUAAUGCUCACUACGAUUGGAUCCAUGUGCUAUUGUGUGGUUCAACAUAGGCUAGAAGAAUCGAGGUUGAGGAGCAUUCGAAGAACUGAGACUCAUUCACGUUCUUUCCCAUUGUCUGUGGCAUCAGAUCCAGAGCUUUGCAGUGAAAACUACAAGAGGAUGUAUGCAGUAUAGGUAGAAUAAUCAGGCAUCAAACAUGGAGCUCAGAAAUUGAAAUUUCAAGAAGAUAUAUGCAUUUCUCAACUAUUAAGUCCAAGAACUCUGCCAUGGCAUCAGAUUCAGAAGGGUGAAAGAAUGAAAGGAAUCUAUAUGGAUAAAAUAAUUAGUACAUAGAUUGCAACUUGUUGACAAGAAUGUGGGGAUGGCUGCUAUUUAUAUUUAUGCCUAUAUACCUGAUCAACUUCUUUGUUCAUCAAACAAAAGGGUGUCAUUUUAUAAUUUAUGAUAAGUCUUUUUUAUUCCAUCA